AUGCGGUAUGCCGAUUUCCUCAUCGACUUGGCCUCGGUCGUCCAAGCUUCGAGGUCCGUCGCUUCUAGACAUCUGGAGCUGCGUGGGAGGCAACUGGACCGCUACGGCAAGACGUCGAGUAUAGUGCGAUCCAUCAAGGGUCAGAAUGCACGAGCACCGAGGCCGGCAGGCUCAACAACAGAUGCAUUUACAGCCUCGCAAUCAGAUGCUGCCGCGUCGCAUGCAUCGGCUCCGGGCUCGGAACCUACCGGAGUGAACCCCCCUGGAUUUGAGUCUUCAUCGUCCAGGCCGGUACAUGAGCCAACGCUGUCGGAGCGGCGCAACGCAUACCAGGACCUCGCUCAAGGGUCAUCGAAGCAGCCUGUUCCUGAAGUCCCACUUACGCAGUAUGAUCAAGGACGGCCUGGCUUUCAUCCUGCAAAUCCCAGUGAUGCCGCGCUUCAUGCCAGUCUGAAUGAAUCAGCACCCAAAGCGCCUGCUGCUGCUGCUACUGCUGCCGCCGCCGCCGGAGAAGAUGUGCCGCCAGAAGUGGAUGUCAACAUCUUUCACACUAAUCGUGGCGCCUCAAUGCUCGAUGGCCACAAGGACUAUUUGGGCAAGAUACGGCCUGCGACGCCUCCUCCAAAGCCAAGCUGGUUCAAGGACUUUGGUCAUGAUAAAAAGGCCGAGUCACCAGCGACAGCCGUCCCAGAGCAAACGAAGACGCACGAGCCUGAAUUACAAGCGGCAGAGUCGGCAAAGUCUGCUGAAUCUGGGGCGUCUGCUGAUGUAAGCGCAUCAAAGGAUGAAGUGACCAUCUCAACACAAGAUCCAUUGGAAACUCCAAAGGCAGAAGAGGUGCCGGAACCCAAGCGUCAAGGCGCAGAGAAGGAGCAUACAGAAAUGGUCAAGGAAGUAUUGGCUCAAGCAGAAGCCACGGCACCGGAAACAAGCACUAUGGCGCCAGCCAUGGAUACGGCCAAGCCAGCCUAUGCGCUCCGCGAAUCCAAGGUUCCCUCCUCCAGACUCGGUCGAAUGUGGAACUAUGGCAGUCUGGCUGCGGGCAUGCUCGGAGGCGCCAUCAGCGAGGGAGUCAGCCGCGGCUUCGGCGGUGGCUCUGGCCAGGGAUCGGUAUUGCUGAGUUCUGGUAACAUGGAACGUCUCGUCUCCAAGCUCUCCCAGAUGCGAGGUGCCGCCUUGAAAUUGGGUCAAAUCAUGUCGUUCCAGGACUCCAAAAUGCUCCCUGCACCGAUCCAAGAGGUCUUGCAGCGAGUACAGGACCGCGCCGACUAUAUGCCUGCAUGGCAACGCGACCGUGUUCUCACGGCUAAUCUUGGAGCCGAAUGGCGAGACCUGUUCUCCGAGUUUGAGGAGACGCCCAUUGCGGCAGCCUCGAUUGGUCAGGUCCACCGUGCAACGUUGAAAUCUGGCGAAAAGGUUGCUGUCAAGAUUCAAUUCCCUGGUGUUGCCGAUUCAAUCAACUCUGAUCUGGACAAUCUUUCCAUGCUCCUCCUGGCUACCAAGAUGCUGCCGCGUGGUCUGUAUCUCAACAAGACCAUUGACAAUGCCCGUGUGGAAUUGGGCUGGGAAUGCGACUACGACCGCGAGGCCACCUGCGCCCAACGAUACCGCGAGCUGCUCGAGGGCGAGGAGGACGUCUUUGUCGUGCCCAAGAUCUAUCCCGAGGCAUGCGGGAAACAGGUGCUGACCAUGGAGUUCAUGGCGGGCAUUGGCGUCACGCGCGUCACGUCGUUUACGCAGGAGCAGCGCGACUGGAUCGGCACUCAGAUCCUGCGGCUGUGUCUGCGCGAGAUCACCGAGUUCCGGUUUAUGCAGACGGACCCCAACUGGACCAACUUCUUGUACAAUGCCGAGACGGAGAAGCUGGAGCUGCUCGACUUUGGCGCCUCGCGCGAGUACCCCGAAGAGUUUGUCACCAUGUACGUCAACCUGCUGGCCGCGGCGGCGCGGUCGGACCGUGACACGGUCAAGGACCUGAGCGAGCGGCUGGGCUACCUCACGGGCCACGAGAGCAAGACCAUGGUCGACGCCCACUUGGCCAGCGUGCUCACGCUGGCCGAGCCGUUCCUGCAGAGCGCCCCCGACGUCUAUGACUUCCAUGACCAGACCAUUACGGAGCGCGUCAAGGCGUUGAUCCCCGUCAUGAUUCGUGAGAGAUUGGCCCCGCCGCCCGAGGAAACCUAUAGUCUGCACCGGAAGCUCAGCGGUGCCUUCUUGCUCUGCGCUCGACUUGGUAGCCAGGUCAGGUGUAAGGAGCUCUUUGAGCAGGCCCUGCUAAAGACAGACUUGGAGGUCAAGAGGUAA